GUCUCCCCCGCGGCCGAAGCUCCGCAGCCAGAGGCGGUUCCGUGCGAGCAGCGACGCCCCGAUGCCCGCGUCCCCGACGGAGACAAAUCAGCUCUCAGUGUUUACACCCCGGCGGAGAGCGGCCGUUUCCCCGCAGUGUGUCGUUAGCUAACCGAGCGGCCGAGACUCUUCUCCAGGCGAGGACCAGAAACAACAUGGCUGAACUGCACGUCGUGGAACCGAGCGCCACGGGCACCAUCGGGCAGCCCGAGCACCGCGGCUCCGUGCGCCUGGCGUCGCCCACUCUCCUGGUUCCUCCGCGGGGCAGCCAGCUCAGCCCCGGCGCGGGGUCCGGCGGCAGCGGCGGAGGAGGAGGGCGGUCGGUGUUCGGGUUCCCGGGGAAGAGCAGCCCCGUGUCCCCGUCCGAACCGGCGGACAAGCCUGGAUCCCGGUGGGUCCGGCUAAACGUCGGUGGGACCUACUUCGUCACGACCAAGCAGACGCUGUGCAGGGACCCGAAAUCCUUCCUGUUCCGCCUGUGCCAGGAAGACCCGGACCUGGACUCCGACAAAGACGGCACAGGAGCCUACCUGAUCGACAGGGACCCCACGUACUUCGGCCCCAUCCUGAAUUACCUGAGACACGGAAAACUCAUCAUGGACAAAAAUCUGGCUGAGGAAGGGGUUCUGGAGGAGGCGGAGUUCUACAACAUCGCGUCCCUGGUGAGGCUGGUGAAGGAGAGGAUACGGGACAACGAGAACCGGACGUCCCAGGGCCCCGUGAAGCACGUGUACCGAGUACUGCAGUGCCAAGAGGAGGAGCUCACACAGAUGGUCUCUACCAUGUCGGACGGUUGGAAGUUUGAGCAGCUCAUCAGCAUCGGCUCCUCAUAUAACUACGGCAAUGAGGACCAAGCUGAGUUUCUAUGUGUCGUCUCCCGGGAACUCAACAACUCCUCCAACGGCAUCGUCAUCGAGCCCACCGAGAAGGCCAAGAUCCUGCAGGAGCGCGGCUCGCGGAUGUGAAGAGGCUCCUGAGAGAAAACAUCACUUUAUCAACAAAAUCAAAACAACAACAUAACCCCCCCCCCUUCACCUUUCUGCCAUCACUAACACCUUCAUCAUCGUCAUUAUCU